GACAGGCUAGAAUGAAAAUGAGGCGGACGCUCGGUCACGACUUCAGUGCGUACGCGUCCUUUUGAGAAGACCUCUAAACUUGGAUCAUAUCACCAUGGGAGCUAUUUGGGCUGCAAGGGACUUUUGUUUGUUUUUGCUCUUGUUAAAUAGUCGCCAAAGCGCAGCUCUUCCAGAGAUUCGAGGUGGGACUGCAGUGAAUCCAUGUGCAGAAGGAAGUGAUGGCUGUCACAUAGAUGCUAUUUGUCAGACUACUCAAGGCUCAUACAAGUGCACGUGCAAAGCAGGCUUUAAAGGAGAUGGGAAACACUGUGAAGACACUGAUGAAUGUGACUUGGAGUACAAUGGUGGCUGUGUACAUGAGUGCAACAAUAUUCCAGGCAAUUAUCGCUGCACUUGUUAUGAUGGUUUUAAUUUGGCACAUGACGGACAUAACUGUCUCGAUGUGGAUGAAUGCAAGUUCAACAAUGGUGGGUGCCAACACACUUGUGUCAACACCAUGGGCAGCUACGAAUGCCGCUGCAAAGAGGGUUUCUUCCUCAGUGACAACCAGCACACAUGCAUCCACCGCUCUGUGGAGGGCCUCAACUGUAUGAAUAAGGAUCACGGCUGCGCCCACAUCUGCAAAGAGACACCCAAAGGGGGUGUGGCCUGCGAGUGUCGUCCAGGGUUCGAGCUGGCCCGGAACCAGAGAGACUGCAUCUUAACUUGUAACCAUGGCAACGGAGGCUGUCAGCACACCUGUGAGGACACAGAGAAUGGCCCCAUAUGCAGGUGCCAUGUCAGGUACACUCUACAACCUGACAAGAGGUCAUGUGUAGAACGAGACGAAUCCACGACUGAGUCUGCUGAUCACAAUGCAACAUCCUUUACUGAGGUGGACAAAAGGGUCAAACGGCGACUUUUAAUGGAAACGUGUGCAGUGAACAAUGGGGGUUGUGACUGCACCUGUAAAGACACAUCCACAGGUGUGCGCUGCAGCUGCCCUGUCGGCUUUACACUGCAGCCGGAUGGAAAAACAUGCAAAGAUAUUGAUGAGUGCGAGCACCACAAUGGUGGUUGUGAGCACUUCUGCAGGAACACCAUCGGUAGCUUUGAGUGCAACUGCAGGAAAGGUUUCAAGCUGCUGACAGAUGAGCGAUCUUGUCAAGAUAUAGAUGAGUGUUUUUUUGAGCGCACAUGUGAUCACACAUGUGUGAACUCCCCUGGUGGUUUUCAGUGUCUGUGCAACAAAGGCUACACCAUGUAUGGACUGGCCCACUGUGGAGAUAUAAAUGAAUGCAGUGUAAACAAUGGCGGUUGUGAGCAGGGUUGUGAGAACACCAUGGGUGGAUUUGAGUGCUUUUGCCAUCCUGGUUAUAAGCUACACUGGAACAAAAAGGACUGCAUUGAGGCUGAGGGUUUACCACCCGCAAAGCCCACCUUUAAACCUACCCUGAACUGUAGUAAGCAGGAGGGAGGGGACCGCUGCUUCCUGACCUGCCAGUCCCAAGUUCACAUCAGCAGUGGGACGGAGGAUUCCUACACGGUGACCUGUGGAAUGCCUCUGCCCUGCCUGGCUGAAGCACAAAAGAACAACAGCGGCUCGCAAUGCUUAGGUCCAGAAAUGGCAAAUGUCCCCCGCAUCAAAACCACAGCAACUUUUAAGUCGGGCGCUCCAAAAUGCAACUUAAAACGAAGUCAGGAGAAACUCAAGGAGAACUUGAACUCUGCACACUCAGAUAGCAGGUUCCUCUUCACUGAAAAUGUCCAGUUCAGCUAUGUGAGCCUGCGCUGCUCCUCGUCUGGACAGCGAACACGCAGCCGCCACGGCAGGAAAGCAGGCGAGGAGGACGGCACGUCGAUAACAGCUGAGUUUGAGCUGGAUGUGAACCUAGAGGAGGUAACAGCAGAGAGCUGUGACCUGAACUGUGUACGCCGACGAUCAGAGAAGAGGCUCAGGAAGACCAUCAGGACCCUAAGGAAGUCCAUCAACCGGGAACAGUUCCACCUACACUUUGCAGGGUCUGACUAUGAGCUCAGCAAGACUCUGGGUCAGCCGGCAGAGCUGCCAGGACACUGUGUGGGAGGACAGGUGCUGGUGGGCAGGAAAUGUGUAAGCUGCAGUGUUGGGACUUACUUUGACGGGGAUCAGGGCAGGUGUGUGCUGUGUCCGGCUGGAACGUAUCAGGAUGAGGAGGGACAGCUUUCCUGUGAGGUUUGUCCUGGACCUGAGGGAAGAGACGUCUCCAAGGUGGUCGGAGCUCGAAACAUGUCAGAGUGUGGAGGUCAGUGUUCCCCCGGUCAGUAUUCUCAUGACGGCUUCAUCCCCUGCCUGCCUUGUCCUCUGGGGACGUACCAGCUAGAAGUGGGACGUACCUCCUGCUUUCCUUGUGGAGGAAACCUGGUCACUAAGCGGAGUGGGGCUGUAACCUUUCAGGAGUGUGAGACAAAAGUUCAGUGUUCUCCAGGGCACUACUACAACACCAGCACACACCGCUGCAUCCGCUGUCCCAUGGGCACGUAUCAAGGAGAGUUUGGACAGAACUACUGCGUCGCAUGCCCUGGAAAUACCACUACCGACUUUGAUGGUUCCACUAACAUCAUGCAGUGCAAAAAUCGACAUUGUGGAGGAGAGCUGGGAGAUUUUACAGGGUACAUUGAGUCCCCCAACUAUCCAGGCAACUACCCAGCUAAUGUCGAGUGCACAUGGACCAUUAACCCUCCACCCAAGCGCAGAAUCCUUAUUGUGGUCCCGGAGAUCUACCUGCCCAUUGAGGAUGAGUGUGGAGACUAUUUAGUGAUGAGGAAAAGCUCUCUCUCUAACUCUGUGACAACCUAUGAGACCUGUCAGACGUAUGAACGUCCCAUCGCUUUCACCUCCCGCUCCAAGAGACUCUGGAUACAGUUCAGAUCCAACGAGGGAAACAGUGGGAAAGGCUUCCAGGUCCCAUAUGUGACAUACGACGAGGAUUACCAGGAAUUGAUAGAAGACAUCGUCAGAGAUGGGAGACUCUACGCCUCAGAGAAUCACCAGGAAAUUCUUAAGGACAAGAAGCUGAUGAAGGCGUUGUUUGAUGUGCUGGCUCACCCACAGAACUUCUUCAACUACACAGCCCAAGAAUCAAGAGAAAUGUUUCCAAAGUCCUUCAUCCGCUUCCUGCGCUCCAAAGUCUUGAGAUUUCUUCGCCCUUAGGAUGUCACUGCCCAGCUAUUUCAUGAAAAACAUGAUCAGAUACUGGCCAAAGUGUCUGUUUAAUCCACUGAUUCCUUUAAAAAUAUUCUGUAGUUAUGUUUUCACAUGAAGUGAUACUAGACAGGGCUUAAACCUUUCCUGAGGAGAGGGUGGACAAGUCAAAAAAAGUAGACUUAUAACUGGAGCUUUAAGAGGGGGAAAAAUUGUUCAAAAAUGUGGAACAGGGUGCAGACAGCAUGGGUAUUUCAAAGAGCACAGAGGAGUCUGGAUUUUUUUUGUACAUGUCUGAAUUAGAAACAGAGAAAUUGCAAUGACUUUUUAUCCCCUUUAGAUUUUUAACUCAUCUCAGAAAGUAAAAAACAAAUCUGUGUAUUUGAAAAAUGCUGAAUACUGUACAAAAAUCCUGAUGAAACACAAAUAUGGUAGCUAACAGAUGUAUGGGAGUGAUACUGUAUUUUGUGUCUAACAUAGACUACUUUUAAAGGUAGAGGUUAAUCAACAGAAGUAUGGCUCAGUGUCAGAAACAUAUAGCACAAAUGUUUACUAAUUGGUAACAUUAGCACUACUAAAGAGGUAGUGCCACCACAAAAGCAAUUAUUCUGAUAAGUGUUAUGUAAAUGCUGUAAAAAGUUUAGGGGAAAUUGUAAUGUAUUGUAGAAUCUACAUGCAGUUUUGACAGUAUAGCAUUACUGCUAUAGCUGGUGGCCUAUGUAUUUGAUAUUUAGGGUGUAUGACUGAAUGCUACUGCCCUGAGGAAAUUUUCCAUUUUCCAACAAAGUUUCAGCGGCACCAGUAUGUAUCAAUAAAUUGCAUAUUGCAAUAUUUUGAACUAGCAACCAAAGACGACUGCUGAUUCUGCAAACAGUGCAGAGAAAAAGGGAGACUGAAUGAUGUCAGAAAACUGAAUAAUAUGAUUUCAGAAAAGUCCUGUAAAAUAGAACUGAGCUGUUUGCCAGUCUUAGAUGACUCAUGUAUGUAUAUUUCUAUGGUUUUGUACAUCCAAUAUGCUGUAAAUAAAGAUAGGA